AUGGGAAACAGGAAGAAGGAAAUUGCCCUGCAGGUCAACAUCAAAACCCAGGAGCUUUGGGAGGAAAUGCUUGGCUCCAAAGGACUGACUGUUGUGGACGUCUACCAGGGCUGGUGUGGACCCUGCAAACCUGUGGUUAGCCUCUUCCAGAAGAUGAAGAUUGAGGUUGGUAUGGACCUUCUCCAUUUUGCCUCGGCAGAGGCAGACUGCCUUGAUGUUCUGGAAAAGUACCGAGGGAAGUGCGAGCCAACCUUUCUGUUUUAUGCAAGAGGAGAACUGGUGGCCGUGGUGAAGGGAGCCAACCCCAUCCUGCUUCAGAAGACCAUCCUACGGCAGCUGGAGGUUGAAAAGAAAGUUCUAGCUGAAGGCCGGGAAUGGAACAUGGUUACUGAUGAGGAUCUUUUGGAUAAUGAUAGUUUUGUUUCAUGGUGGCAUGGCAGAAAUAAAGGAGAACAAGAAGACAGCACGUCAUCAGGAAAGACCUGUACAUUAGGCAUCAUUAAGCCAGAUGCAGUGGCCCACGGGAAGGCUGAUGAGAUCAUCAUGAAGAUUCAGGAAGCAGGAUUUGACAUACUAUUAAACGAAGAGAGAACCCUGACAGAGGCAGAAGUGCAAGCGUUUUAUCAACAAGCCAGAGAGGAGGCAUUUGAGAAGCUAAUCCAUCACAUGUGCAGUGGACCCAGCCACCUCUUGAUCAUCACCAAGACUGAGGGCACCGAGGAUGUAGUCACUGCUUGGCGAACCUUCCUGGGACCUUGUGACCCUAAUGUGGCCAGAAGGGAACAUCCUGAAAGUCUCCGGGCUCAGUAUGGCACAGAAAUGCCUUUUAAUGCUGUGCAUGGAAGCCGGGACAGAGAGGACGCCAACAGAGAGCUGGCCCUGCUCUUCCCCAGUUUCAAGUUUGCAGAUAAAGACAUGGAAGGGCCACAGGAGGAGUUCACGCCUGUGGCUGCAGGCUCUCAGUGGGCAGUCUGCUCUCAGAAGCCAGCUCUUCACUGA